AUUUUGCAACUGAGCUUUAAUUCAGGGGUGAAUUAAAGACUGUAAGCCAGGGCCAGGUUAUGAAGCCAAAGUUUAAAAGCUGGAAGGAAAAUCACAAAGCUUCACCGCCUUUCCUCGACGGCGACCGAAGGCCAUCAGCCAAUCACGUCUAGAAAGAGCCCGGCCGGACUGCGCACCCAGACCCAAAGGCACACACCCGAGCGUUCCGCCUGCGCAGCCGGGACGCUGACCGCGGUUCCGCGACGACGCGCCAGCCGACCGGUAGGAGCCGUCAUCAGCUAGCGGAUCCCAGGCCACGACGGGCGUCGCCCCCUCGCCUUCCCCAGCCACCUAGCUCUCGACCGGCAGACAUGGUUGAGGCGGAUCGCCCCGGGAAGCUUUUCAUUGGCGGGCUCAAUCCCGAAACCGACGAGAAAGGCCUUGAGGCCGCGUUUGGCAAGUAUGGCCGCAUCAGUGAGGUGCUCUUGAUGAAAGAUCGAGAAACCAGCAAGUCCAGGGGCUUCGCGUUCGUUACCUUCGACAGCCCUGCAGACGCCAAGGCCGCCGCCAGAGAUAUGAACGGCAAGAGCCUGGAUGGUAAGGCCAUCAAGGUGGCCCAGGCUACCAAGCCGGCUUUUGAGAGCGGCCGGCGGGGCGCGCCGCCGCCAUCACGCAGCCGCGGUCGCGUGAGGGGCCUUGGAGGAACCCGCGGGGGAGGCGUUGGCCCGCGGCGACCCCCAUCCCGGGGCGGGCCGGCAGACGACGGCAGCUACGCGAGCGAUUUCGACCCGCGGCCCUCCAGGGCCCAGCUGCCCAUGAAGCGCGGGCCGCCGCCGCGCAGGGCCGGGCCGCCCCCCAAGAGGGCCGCGCCUUCGGGCCCGGCUCGCAGUGGCAGUGGAAUGCGCGGGCGGACCCCGGCCGCGCGGGGGCGAGACGGCUAUGCGGGCCCACCGCGCCGGGAGCCGCCACCCCUGCGCCGGGACGCCUACCUGAGUCCCCGGGAGGAGGGCUACUCGCCCAGAGACAGCUACUCGAGCCGAGACUACCCGAGCGCCCGCGACCCCCGCGAAUUUGCUCCCUCGCCUCGAGAGUACACCUACCGCGAUUACGGCCACUCCAAUGCCCGGGACGACUGUCCGUCGAGAGGCUACGGCGACCGGGACGGCUACGGGGGGCGCGACCGGGACUACGCGGACCAUCCUAGCGGAGGCUUCUACCGAGACCUAUUUGAGAGCUAUGGAGACCCGCGCAGCGCCGCCGCGGCGCGGGGGCCCCCACUAUCUUACGGCGGAGGAGGUCGCUACGAUGAGUUCCGGGGCUGCUCGCCCGACGCCUAUGGCGGCGGCCGCGACAGUUACGGCGGCGGCCGUAGUGAUCGCUACUCGAGGGGCCGCGACCGGGUAGGCAGAGCCGACCGCGGGCUCUCCCCGUCCUUGGAAAGGGGGUGCCCUCCCCUGCGUGAUUCUUACAGCCGCUCUGGCCGCAGGGUUCCCAGGGGUGGAGGCCGCCUGGGAAGCCGCUCGGAGAGAGGGGGAGGCCGGAGCAGAUACUAAGUACCAACGGACUUGGGACCAAAAUUCCGUUUUCAAAGAAAUUAACGAAAAGAGCCAGUUCACAUGCUAACUACCCAAGGACUAGUACAAGGAAGAGUUGUUUUUACCUUUAAAAUUUUUCCUGUUCAUUUCCUCUCCAUAAUUUUUGGGCUUUUUGGGAGGAAAAAGUUAAAACUCAUUUAAUUUGCGUUUUGGAAUUGUUAACGUUUCUUUCAACAAGCUCAUUUUAAAAGCAUUAAGACGAA